AUGUGGACUUCGAAACUGACGCGCGACGUUAGGGCAUUGCACCUGGCUGAUCUGAUCACCGAGAUGAACGGUUUCUGUGGCUUCAUGUCUAUACUUUUCUCCAUGCGAUACUGUCUUUCCGAUCCUCAAGAUGUCAACAAGCUUUGGUUUGCGUUCGCACUCAUGCCAUUCGGACUCUUCUUCGACUUCUUCGAUGGCAAAGUCGCACGGUGGAGGCAGAAGUCUUCGCUGAUGGGGCAGGAGCUGGAUUCACUGGCUGAUCUGGUCUCUUUCGGACUAGCUCCUGCCGCCGCGGCCUUCGCCAUAGGAUUUCGCACCAAUGUUGACCAGUUGUUCCUGACCUUCUACGUGCUCUCCGGAUUGACGAGAUUGGCAAGAUUCAAUGUGACAGUCGCCAUGCUCCCUAAGGACAAGACUGGAAAGUCUCAGUACUUCGAAGGCACACCCAUCCCCUUCGCCUGCCUGACCAGCUCCGCAGUCAUGGCAACAUGGACCUUCCUGGGGCUGAUACACGAUUCCUUGCCGUUGGGGACGGUCUUGCCGGGGACUUUGCUCGAAUUUCACCCGGUUGGCCUCCUGUUUAUCAUCAAUGGCUGCCUGAUGGUCAGCAAGACGCUCCACGUUCCGAAGCCGUGA